AUGUCAAUUAAUAUAAAAUGGCUUAGGUUGAAAAACCUAGGGCAAGGUUCGUAUGGGACUGUUUAUUUAGCAAUAUCGACAUUUACUAAUGAAUUGUUUGCCGUGAAGAACGCAAAUCUUGAAGACUCUUCAACUCUUCAGAAGGAGAGGAGGAUCUUCGAAAGAUUUCCUGGAACUAAUGAAGUUGUUGAAUGUUACGGGUAUUGUGUGAGUAAAGAAGGUGGGGUGUUGAAGUACAAUAUCUUGUUGGAGGAUGCUCCUAUGGGUUCUCUUCUAAACCUGAUGAGGGAUUGCGGAGGGAGGAUUCUUGAGAGCCAUGUUAGGAAAUACACGAAGAUGCUACUGAAGGGGUUAUCUUGCAUCCACAAUAGCGGUCACGUGCAUUGUGAUCUUAAGCCCGCCAAUAUUCUGGUUUUUCCUCGUCAAGUUGAUGGAUUAAGUGAUAUUCAGCUCAAGAUUGCUGAUUUUGGGCUGGCUAAAGAGCCUGGAGAGGAUGAUUCGGAUAAGCUGUUUCAUAUGUAUCAAUACAGCGGGACGCCGUGCUACAUGUCUCCUGAAUCUGUGCAAUUUGCUGAGAUCACACCGGCUUUGGAUAUAUGGUCUCUUGGUUGCAUUGUUGUUGAGAUGAUCACUGGACGGGUUGCUUGGGGAAACUUGGAUUCGAAGGAGUUGUUCAAUAAGCUUGUCUGUGGGAAUGAAUCUCCAAAGAUUCCUGAAUACAUGUCAGAGAGUGGAAAAGAUUUCCUGAGGAGGUGCUUUGAGUUAGAUCAUAGGGAGAGGUGGACUGCCGAUACUCUCCUGACUCAUCCUUUCGUUGCCGACGCGCCACUGCAGCCGGUGGAGACGAACACUGAAGAAUUGUUAAGCUCCUGCUUUGCGUGUGUUGUCAAUUCAGUAUUAUGUAAAAAUUAG